AUGGCAUUUUCUUCCACCUUUGCCUUUUCAGUGAAACGGUGUAAGCCUGAACUGGUGGUGCCGGCAAAGCCUACACCACGUGAAAUAAAGAAACUCUCCGAUAUAGAUGAUCAAGAAGGUUUACGGUUUCAAGUUCCGGUAGUGUUUUUCUAUAAAAGCAAUCCUUCAAUGAAAGGGAUAAAUCCAGUUGAAGUUAUUCGGGAAGGACUUGCGAAAACACUGGUUUAUUACUAUCCCUUUGCUGGGAGGAUUAUGGAAGGAGAGAACAGAAAACUUAUGAUCGAAGAUCUUCGGCGUUCAAGCUCGCGUGGUAAUCAUGAGCGACCUGAUGUUGUCAGUGAACCGUAUUAA